GCAUUUGCUGUUUGUGUGAACGGGAUAGUGUUGACACUGCGAGUUUUGGUUGUAUUGUUUAACUUUAGGGUAGUAUAGUAUUCUGGGUUGAACUUAGUGCUGGGUACUUCUGAAGGGAAGUUAUAUUUUAACCAGUAGACAGUGUUUACUUAGGCUAGUUUAAUAUGGACUCGCUUAAGGAAUUAAUGGAGCAAGGAGAGCUACUAGGGUACGAGGGUGAGUCGUUAAGAGAAUUUGUUAGAGAGCAGCAAGCACAGCAGCGAGAGGAACGGGCAGCUCAAAGAGAAAAGGAAAUGGAGGCACAACAGCGAGAGGAACGGGCAGCUCAAAGAGAAAAGGAAAUGGAGGCACAACAGCGAGAGGAAGGGUAGCUAAAAGAGAAAAGGAAAGGGAGGAACAUGAGUAUAAGUUAGCUUUGGAAAAAUUAGAAUUAGAAAUAAAAGCUAAAAAAAUUGAUCAUGAACAUCAGUUGGAAUUAUUACAAAAACAGGCAGAGUUAAGUGGCAAGGGAAAUGUGGUUUUUCAGAAUGUACCUAAAGGGCCUAAAAUUCCUGCUUUUGAGGAUGGUAAGGAUGACAUGGACAGUUAUCUUAGACGAUUUGAGAGAUAUGCGGCCAAAUGAGAUGUGGGCUACUCAUCUGAGUGUUUUGUUGAAAGGUAGAGCUUUAGAUGUUUAUGCAUCGAUGCCAAGUGAACAAGCUCUUAACUAUAACAAUUUGAAAGAAGCAUUACUUAAAAGAUAUGACUUGACGGAAGAUGGCUUUAGGCUGAAAUUCAGAACUGGAAAACCUGAGACAGGUGAGACUUUCCAACAGUUUUCAGUUAGGUUAGCAAGUUAUUUGAGAAGAUGGUUAGAGAUGUCCAAGACUGAGCAUACUUUUAAAGCCUUGUUUGAUGUCAUAAUGCGUGAUCAGUUUGUACAAAUUUGUAACAGAGAACUAGCUUUAUUUCUGAAGGAAAGAACACCUACAACAAUAGAUGAGAUGGCUGUUUUGGCGGAUCAAUUUCGUGAGGCAAGAUUUACUCGAGCAGUGAAUUUAACAAAAGGUUUGGGAAUUCAGUUUAGCCAGAACAUUCCAGAAAGGAAAAGCAAAGAAGGUAAUGGAACAACUAAAAUAUCGAAACCGGAUGUUUCAGGUUCGUUCUCUAAUAAACGUUGCUUUAGAUGUGGUAAACUUGGUCAUAUUGCUACUCGUUGUUAUCAAAAAGUACAACAAUCCAAGGUAGGUUGCAUGACAUCAGAACGGGAAUUGGUUUCUAGAGAACGAUCAGCUGGUGAAAUCGGUAUUAGAACUGAACAAGGAAUGAAGGAUAACGGUUACAAAAAUGCAGGUACAAUACCAAAGGUUUGUGGAACUUGUGUAUCAUACACCACAACUGUGACAACAGCUUCAACAUCAAGUGAGUGCAUUCUUAGUACAUCGUGUGAUUUAAAAACUGAAGUGUUGAGUAUGCCUACAGCGAAAGGUUGGUUAGGUGGUGAAGUUGUCAGUGUGUUGCGAGAUACUGGAUGCAAUGGUGUAGUUGUGAGACGAUGCUACAUUCCUGAUGAACAGCUAACUGGUGAGGUUCAAAUCUGUAUGUUAGCAGAUGGAUCAAAAGUGGAAGCACCCAUAGCAAAAGUGCAAAUCGACACACCAUAUUAUACAGGUGAAGUAAAGGCUUGGUGUCUAGAACAUCCACUUUAUGAUUUGAUACUUGGCAAUAUUAAAAAUGUCAGGGAGCCAAAUCAUCCUAAUCCAGACUGGAAGCUUAUUCAGGCAGUACAAACACGACAGCAGAAACAUGACGCAGGUAAGGCGUAUUCACCUUUGAAAGUUCCUGAGGGUAUUGCUGGAUGUGGUUCUCCUGAUGAGAUGAAGAAGGCACAGGAGGACGAUCCUACAUUGAGGAAAUUAUUUGUGCUUGCAGAGAAGGGUCAGCUUUCACAGAACAGGGCACUGUUUUACAAGAAACAAGGGUUACUGUACCGUAAGUUCAAAUCUUCUAAGGUGGAGAAUGGUAAGACUUUCACCCAAUUCGUUGUUCCUCAGCCAUAUAGAACUAAGGUGCUGAAACUUGCUCAUGAAUCGAUAAUGUCUGGCCAUUUGGGAACAAAACGCACAGUAAGUAGAAUAUUAGCGGAGUUUUUCUGGUCAGGAGUGCAAGCGGAAGGAAAAAGGUUCUGUCAGUCAUGUGAUAUUUGUCAACGGAUUAUCACAAAAGGUAGAGUAUGUAAAGUUCCACUGGAGCAAAUGCCUCUUAUUGAUGAACCUUUUAAACGAGUGGCUGUAGAUUUGGUGGGUCCACUUAAACCUGCAACAGAAAAAGGCAACAGGUAUAUCUUAACCUUAGUUGACUAUGCUACAAGGUAUCCGGAAGCCGUUGCUUUGAAAGGUAUCGAAGCUGAAAGAGUGGCGGAAGCCUUGGUAGACAUAUUUUGUCGAAUAGGUGUUCCAAGAGAGAUGUUGACCGAUAUGGGUACACAGUUCACUUCCACACUUAUGUCAGAGGUAAGUAGAUUGAUUUCUUUGAAACAACUUACUACGACGCCAUACCACCCAAUGUGCAAUGGGUUGGUUGGACGGUUUAACGGUACUUUGAAGCAGAUGUUGAAACGAUUAUGUGCCGAGCGUCCACAAGACUGGGAUAAGUAUUUGAGUGCAGUUCUCUUUGCAUAUCGUGAAGUGCCUCAGGAGAGUUUGGGGUUUUCACCAUUCGAAUUGGUUUAUGGUCAUUCAGUCAGGGGACCAAUGUCAAUCCUAAAAGAAUUAUGGACAAAGGAAGUACAGGAUGAUCAGGUACGGUCAACAUAUCAGUAUGUGAUUGAUCUCCGGGAAAGACUUGAAUUAACACGUCAGAUGGCGAAAGAAAACUUGGAAAAAUCUGCCAGGAGACACAACUACUAUUACAACAAGAAAGCAAGACAGAGAAAUAUGAAGGUGGGUGAAAAGGUUUUAGUGUUACUGCCAACAGAUAACAAUAAACUAACCAUGCAAUGGAAGGGACCUUAUACCAUUAAGGAAAAGUUGGGGAAUGUAGACUAUCGGUUAGAAGUGACUAGGAAGAUCAAAACAUUCCAUGCGAACAUGUUGAAGCAUUAUGUUCAGAGAGAAAACCAGGAUGGUGUGUUAGCAUUAGUUAACGUUGCUGUCAUAGAUCUUCAGACAGACGAGGGUAUUGAAAGUCAUGAUGGAUUGGUUGAACCUCCGAGUGUAAGAAUCGCCCAGGGUCCGAAUGAGGUAAAGGUGAACUCAGGUUUGGCUUGGGAUCAAAUUCAAGAGGUAAGGAAAUUGUUGUAUGAAUAUUCUGAUGUUUUGUCAGAUUCGCCAGGGUAUACCAGUUUGGCAAUUCAUGAUAUCAGACUGUUAUCAGAUACUCCAGUUAGAGUUAAACCCCAUCCUUUGCCUUUUGCAAUGCGUGACGUGGUCGAUGAUGAGGUAAGGAGUAUGUUACAGAUGGAUAUUAUUGAAUAUUCAGAUAGUCCAUAUUCAUCACCCAUAGUCAUUGUCAAAAAGAAAGAUGGGACUAAUAGAUUUUGCAUAGAUUUCAGGAGGUUGAACAAAAUUACCAUUUUCGACGCUGAACCAAUGCCAAAUGCAGACGAGAUCUUUGCCAAAUUGAAUGGAUGUAGGUAUAUAAGUAAACUGGAUUUGUCAAAGGGCUAUUGGCAGCUACCACUGACAGAAAGCGCGAAAGGAUUAACCGCUUUCCAAACCCCCAUGGGAUUGUUUCAGUUCAAAGUUAUGCCAUUCGGAUUGGUAAAUGCACCUGCUAGUUUUAGUAGACUGAUGAGAAAACUACUGCAAGAUAUGCAAAAUAUUGAUAAUUUCAUAGAUGAUAUAAUUAUCUACACCACCACUUUUGGAGAACAUAUGCAGGUGUUGAAAGAGCUGCUGAUUAGGUUAAGAAAUGCAAAUCUGACUGCAAAGCCAAGUAAGUGCUACAUUGGUUUUCAAAGUUUGGAAUGUCUAGGACACAUAGUGGGAAAUGAAAAGCUGGAACCAGUGCUAGAUAAGGUCAAAGCUAUUAAAGAGGCUAAACAACCGGAGACAAAGAAACAGGUAAAAUAAUUUUUGGGACUAGUUGGGUUUUAUCGAAAAUUCAUUCCAAAUUUUGUAAGCAUUGCUACUCCUUUGACAGACCUAACCAGGAAAGGACAACCAAAUAAGAUUGUAUGGGAACAAGCACAAGAAAAUGCUUUUCAUACAUUGAAAAAUGCUCUUACUAGGUUUCCUAUCUUAAAAUUGCCAGAUGUGGAUAAAACUUUCAUUCUACAGACCGAUGCUUCGGAGAAUGGAAUUGGGGCAGUUUUGUCACAAAUGGAUGAGGGUAUAAAAAUGCCAAUAGCUUAUGCUAGUCGAAAGUACAAGAAAGCAGAAACUCACUAUGCCACAGUUGAGAAAGAAUGUUUAGCUAUUGUGUGGGCUAUACAGAAAUUUCAAAGGUAUUUGUAUGGUCGUGAGUUUAUUUUAGAAACAGAUCAUCAGCCUUUAGUGUAUCUGAACAAAUCAAAAUGUGCAAAUGCAAGACUAAUGCGUUGGGCUUUGGUGUUACAACCGUACAGGUUUCAGAUUGUUGCUAUAAAAGGGUCAGAAAAUGUUGGGGCAGAUUGCUUGACUAGAUUGUGAAUAUAGUGAUAUAAAAUAGGUUGUGUAGUGGCAAAGUGCUUUACACUUCUUUUGGGGGAAAGGUAAUGUCACAACCGUAUUUUAUUGUACAUAAGUUGUGGAGUAUCGGUUGUGUAGAUUAUUUGAAUAUUUUAUUUAGCCUAUUACUCGCAGUUGUCAUAUGGUACCUUUUCACACGUGCAGUCAAAUACACUAGCACUUGCAAUGGUUUGGUCUGCAGUGGCACAGCGUGAUUGUGGACUAGUCCAUUUUCGUUGACACUUGGUUAAAAGUGCUGGUCAGGGCUAUUGUUAGGAGAACCCAGAGCUGUGAUGCACACGGUGCACGGGCAGUGAUACAUGGUGUGUGGACACGUUUCACGUUUUGGAACUAGAGAGGUUUCCUGUGAACAGCUGGGGUGUAUUAUUGUGAGCUGGGGUGAUGAUGGGUUACCAGCAGCUUGUUGCGUCACCGUGGGGACUGAUACCGAUGGCCUCGUUGAUAGUGGAAGAGUGACGGUCGGAUUUAAUGAGUUGGGGUGAUAAUGGUUACCAGCAGC